CCCCGACCGUGCUACGAACUUUGUUAAGUGCAAGUGUGCGAACAUUUUCUUAUGAGUUUUCCUGAUAUCAAAAUUCUCAACAACAACCACAUUUACGUGCAGACGCUGGAUUAACUUUCCUUGAGAAUCACAGCUGAGAAAGAUGGGGAGCGUCGAAGGCCCGCAAACAUUUUGUUUGAAAUGGAAUCACCACAAAACCAACUUAGUGGAGAUUUUAGAGGCCUUGAUAAAGGGAGAGACCUACGUGGACUGCACAUUAGUGGUCGACGACCAGGUGACGUUCAAGGCGCACCGGGUUGUCCUUGCUGCUAACUCCCCGUACUUUCAGUCGAUAUUAGCUGAUGUCCCAAUGGACCACUGCAGCAUCCUUUUCCCUGGAGUUAAGGAUUUUGAGAUGCGAGCCCUUCUUGAGUACAUGUACACGGGAGAGGUGAACGUGACACAGGCUCACAUCCCGCAUAUCAUGAAGGUGGCCGAGCAGUUAGAGGUUAAAGGUUUGUUCGACAUGACGGAGCUGCGGCGCCGGCCAGGCAGCACGGAGCGCACGCCGGCAGCGUCCCCGCCGCGCGUGGUGCCCGCCGCGCCCUCCAGCGUGUCACCGCCUGCACCUGCGCCUCCCUCGCGCUGGCCACCACCACCCGCCGCACCCGUACUCUCCGCCGCCUACGACUCUGCUGACAUGAACCCACUGAAACGUAAGAAACUAUCCAGCAUGUUGGCUACUAGAGACACUCCCAUUUUAAGGAACGUCCUGGCCCAAACCUCACCUGUGGACUCUUCGCAACCAAUGUCACUCGUUUGCCACCCCGUCAGCCAACACGCUCCACCUCGUCUGCAUUCUAAUGGGUCUGCGCAUGAAUCGGAGCGCGCUGCUAGCCCGCAUCGUCCUUUCGACUACCGCCCACGUAGACUCUCAUCAAGAGCUUCUUCACCCCAUUACAAUAGAUCAGACCGGUCAGAAGAUGCUCAUUCUCCAUACACAGAAAGAUCUUUCGAAGAUGAAAGCCAACGCACUUUCCAUCCAUCACCCCCGCCUACGAAUUUCCAACAAGACGUGAGAGCCGGAUUAGCACCAUAUGUCCCACCACAACAGAAACCUGAAUGGAAGCGAUACAAACAAUACACAAGAUCCGACAUAUUAUCAGCUAUCGAAUGUGUGCGUAAUGGAAUGAGCGCACUACAAGCAUCGCGUAAAUACGGCGUUCCUUCACGUACAUUGUAUGAUAAAGUAAAGAAACUCGGCAUAACGACCAGCCGACCAAUGAGCCGAGGGGUCAAAAGAGAGUCAAACGGAGCUGCAUUCCCGUAUGGUUUGAGUGGAACUGGAGGCACAGGUGAAGAUGGAAAUCCAUCUACACCCCUUAUUGAUCCGUCAUUCCUACAGCAAGCAUUAGAGGGAGCGACUAGAGACGGUGGACGAGAGGCUCUACACGCGAUGGCAUUAGCCGCGGCCGCACACGCAGCUUUGGCUCCCCGUACGCCACCUCGAUCGCCGCCACAUUCGCCGCGGUCACCCGUGCAAGAUGAUGAUCACGUCGAAGACCUGUCAGUACCUCGUCGACGUGACAUAGAUCAACCACCUGGCGUUAUAGUUCCGCCGCGUAAUUUCGCUUUAGAUUGUGGUAGCGAAAGAGAUUGAACGAUACGACAUCGUGGAAUGUACAUUCGAAAAGACUGACUUAGGCGUACAAAGUUAGGAGUAAGACACUUAUUGGUAGGCUAACUGGUAGGCAGUGCCGCGUGCGCACGCCGCCGAUGACCGGGCGCUCCGGCCGGGCGAUUGCAAUGGGCCCCGCGGCCACUUUUCUUCUACCUCUCUUCUUCUCUAUUUAUUUCAAAGCGUUCGUUCAAGCCUGAAAACGAAAUAAAAUUUCCGUUUUAUGCUGAACAACGCCUUAUUGUGAUUUUUAUUUUUGUUUUUUCUCUUCUUUAGUUUUUUUGUUUUAUAACAUUUACGUCUUUGUUAAUGAAUAGCAGAAUAAGUUAGCUUUAACUAGCAUAUAAUGUUGUCUUAGUUGGACUGGUAACUCUGUAGGGCCGAAGGGCAAGGAGGCAGCGCCGGCCACGCCGCCGCACCUCGGGCGGGUUCGCCCAGACAAGUUAUUGUGCAAUUUGUUGUCCGCGACUGUGAUGUUUAUAGACUGAAAUGCCGCUACUACCUCACGCUCGCUACAGCUACUCUAGUCCACCGCGUCGCACCAUGCCAUACUAUCCAUGUGAAACAGUUAUCAUAUCCUUAAUUUAUUCGUAACGAUGCAUGUUGAACAGAACCUUGUGUGCGACGCUCAUGUCACCGCGGAUAGCGACGUAUCUUCGUACCGAUCUAUUCUAUGUUGUUUCCUUACGUUACGGGUUAGAUUAAUUUAUUGAUUUGUUCGUCGAUUGCCAUAAAUGUUCGUUGUUAAUUAUGUAGGUGUACUCACCAUAUCCUCAAUAUAAAGUGUUUUGCACAAGCACGGUGGUUCAUAUUAGAGUUAAGAGAUUUCAUCAACACCUAGUUAAGAAUGCUCAAUGUUAUUAUUAGGUUUGUGGUAAACUAGUAAAAAUCGUCGUGAUGCGCUGUUAUACGUAAAAUGUCUAGUUUAUUUUUUCAUAUUUGAUCUAGGUAUGAGUGUAACAACGUGUGUUUCGCUCGAAGUGUAAACUCUUUUUCUAAUAAGAAAACUCUAAAUGUAAAAAUUGCACAUUUUCACUUCUCAGUAAUUUCUGCUCAUGUUAUUAUCACAUCUACUAACUUGGUUUCUUAAAUACUUAUAUAUAAUAAAGUCCUAAGAAAACAUAUAAUUUUAUAUUACUCUUAAGUUAAUAAAUACAUUACUUAUUAUUUGGUAAUUGCUUGGAAGACUGAUUUGUUACUUUAGUCUAGUUUGAAAAUGCCAUAGAUAUCUACGAAUGUGUCUACAUUAAUUUUGCGAAUGCAAUGUGUAAUUAAUUAAUUUAAUCACGGAUGGUGUGUGUAAAAAGCUACACUUUAGUAGGUUUCACUAUUUUGUGCCUUUGUUUGUUGUAAUUAAAACAUUAUCUAUGUUAGGACAUUCCAGUAGUAGGUACCUUAUAUGCACUCUUGUGUUUUGUGGUUGAUCAUCGGCGAAGCACUCUGAAGACCUGGUGCCUACAGGUGCCCGCCGUAACAAUUAAAUACCUCACAUUUUUGUUAAAUCAAAUGUUAUAAUGUAAUUAUUAUAUAUCCACUUUUGUGCCUAUAAAUAAAUGUUAUUAAGUAUGAUGUUAUCGCACUAUAGUUCAUCAAGUAAGUUGGAAUUUGAAAAUAUCGUAUGUACUUUAAUAUGUAGUUGUACUGUAUGUAUACAUUUAAGUUAUAUUAGAUCGAGUUUGUUUAUCUCGUAACUACAUAUUAUUAUAGUAAGAACUCUAUAUUUACAGAUAAUAUAAUGUUAUAAAUAUAAAUUAAACGUUUAAUAUCAA